AUGAUGAUGGAGGAAGGCAGUCACACGACUGCAUCGACCGUGGAUGACACCAACAGCAACAGCAAGUCGCGGCGCCCUGCUGCGACGGAACCACGGGCCGCCAUGGUGCGCAGCCCUUCCACGUUCAGCAACCAAGGCGCGUUGGACCACGCAGAGGAUGAGGAGGCAGACAACAUUGGUUUGCUGCGUGACACGGGCCGAAGCGUCUACGAGUACAAGUCCCAAGCACGUUGCUUCAAGAAGGUGUCCGUUUUGGCGGGCGUCAUUGCAUCUGUGCUGCUGCUUACGCUCAUCAUCGUUGUCGCGCAACAGAAGCACGCACCAUCUUCGUCGAGCAAAGACAUCAGUCCCGAUGCGGUGGUGACUGCUGCUCGCCUCAUCAACUCCAUCGACACAUCCGCAGACCCAUGCGACAACUUCUACCAGUCGUUCAUUUUGUCUGUGCACGUGUGCGCAUUGGUCAUUGCGCCUCCGCUACCAUCGCUCAACUCCUCACCAACACACGUGCUCGUGUCCGCUGCAGACCUGUGGCCCACUAUCCCCAAGGACCAGCGCGUGUCGUAUCUGACCUUCCACCUCAUCAGCCGCUACACAGCCGCCAUGGGCAAGGACGCCGUGUACGGGACGGCGACAGCGCCGCCGCUGUGGCGGUCGUGUGUGUCAUCCACGGAUGACGCACUUGGAUUUGAGCUGGGUCGCCUCUUUGUUGACGAGUACUUCACCGCAGAGGCAAAGCAGAAGACAGACUCCAUGGUGGAGAGCAUCCGUGCUGCGUUCCUCAACCGGCUGGACAACGUCAAGUGGAUGGACAAGCCGACGCGCGCCGCUGCAAAGGACAAGGCCACCGCCGUUGAGCAGAAGAUCGGGUGUGUGGAUUCCGCAUACGCCACGUACAUCGACGCUCUCCUUGCCGUCUUCUCCCUUCCCGCAGCAGCAGAUGACAUCAUCUCCAUCGAAACGCAGCUCGCCCACAUCUUCAUUCCAAACGAUGAGCUGAAGGACCCUGUUGCGCUGUACAACCCCUUUACUGUCGCCAAGCUCGACUCCGAUUUCAGCUUUGUGCGCUGGUCGUCCUUUCUCUCCAAGAUCUACGCAUCAACGACGCCACCAACGGCGCUCGUCGUGUCCACCCCAAAGUACUUCCAGCGCCUCACAGACCUGUGGCCCACUAUCCCCAAGGACCAGCGCGUGUCGUACCUGACCUUCCACCUCAUCAGCCGCUACGCAGCCGCCAUGGGCAAGGACGUGCGUGCACUGCGACAGAGCCUGCUGGAGGCAUAUCAGUCGUGGCGGGAUAGCAGGGACCACGCUGAUGAGGACGUUGCGCUGCCGGGUCUGGAGCUCAACUCCGAUCAGCUCUUCUUCAUCGGCUUUGCACAGGUCUGGUGCUCCAAAUUCAGGCCGGAAGAAGCACACAACCGCAUACUCACCGAUGUGCACAGUCCGGCAAAGUACCGGGUGAUUGGAGCGGUGAGCAACUCGCAGGAGUUCUUCGACGCCUUCAGCUGUCCAGAUCCAAAGCGCGACAUGUGCCGCCUGUGGUGAUCAAUGACUUGUGCAAUUGCAAUCGCACGCGAUGCCACUUUUUCCUUAAUGUUGUUGUCCACUGCUGUUGGACGCACGCCUACUCUGUCAUCUUGCCCAUGUCGUGGCAACCUGCACCCGCCAUUCUCAAAUGUGUUGCUCUGUUGUCUACCUCAUCACGCCUGUUGUGUCCACGUUCCUUUGUUUGCACGCACUGCCACGAGCACAACCUCCUUAAAACCCCUUGCGGUUUCCACGACUCUACAGCUUGUGCGCAUGUGUGGAGGUGUGGUGGGCGUG